UCGAAAAUGUUAACGUUUUCCGCGUAAACAACGCGUGUUAUUUGUUUGCAUUGGGGGAAAUUUAUAAAUAAAAAAUGAAAGAAAGGGAUCUGAAACGUGCUUAUAACAAUGUACUGGCUCAAGCCAUAUCUACAUCACAGAAGUACCUCUUCGCGGGCAAUCUGUUUGGCGAUAUUUUCGUACUCAGUCUAAAGGAACUGGACAAAUGCACAGAGGAGCCGCCGAGCAAACUGCAGGUGUUCAAACAGGGCUCCGAUGUGGACAUCAAUUGUCUGGCAUUCCAUCGCGACUUUCUAAUCGUUGGCGCCAUUGGCAUCAUCUAUGGCCUGCCCUGGAACGAGGAGGAGCAAACUUUGAGCCCAAAGCGAGCGUGGGAAAUCAAAAUUCCCAUGCCAGUGGAUGCAGUUGAGGUACCCGAUGUCAACUCUCUUUGGGUAUGCAGCGAAACGGACACUCUGUAUGCUGGCUGUGGCGAUGGCAUCGUCUAUCAAAUAGACCUCGAGGAUGGGCGCAUCGAACGAGAGUAUAGAGGCCACACGGACUACGUGCACUGCGUUGUCGGCCAGGCGGAUGGACGCCUCUACUCGAGUGGUGAGGAUGGCACUGUGCACUUCUGGAGCGACAAACAAAAAGAACCCCUUUCGAUCUUGGAGCCGCACAAGAAUCGCCAACUGCUGCGGCCGGAUUGGGGCAAAUGGAUUGGUGCCGUCUCUGUCAACGAUGAUUGGCUAAUAUGCGGCGGUGGUCCACGUCCAGCGAUUUGGCAUCUGCGCACAAUGGAAUACACACGUGCCUUUGAUUUUCCCGGUCCCGUGCAUGUGUGCGACUUUGUCGAUGAUUCGGUGCUCAUUGGCGGCGAACACAAUCAUGUGCAGUUCUAUACGCUCAAUGGUAGUUUGCAGGCGAACAUUCCCGUCGAGAACACGUCCAGCUAUUCGUCCGUGUGGCAAACUAAUCCCUUCAACUUCAUGUCGAUUGCUGGCUUCAGCAACAAGUUGCACAUUCUGAAAGACUUUCGUUUUCUCGACAGUAAAAUCGAAUUGUACGGCAAUGUGCAGGACGAAGAUGAUGUGGACAACGAUGGCGGGAAACAGGAGCAAGAGGAUGAGGAUCUUUCAUUUUAGCUCUAGAUUUGUAGCUUACUUUUAUAAAGUGUGCUCUUUUUAAAUAAUAAUAGACUUUUCAUUUUUUUUUUGGUUAAAUGCCACA